AUGUCGUGGCAAGCGUACGUCGACGACCACUUGUUGUGUGACAUAGACGGCCUAGGCCUGCAUCUCUCCGCCGCUGCCAUCAUCGGCCAGGACGGCAGUGUCUGGGCUCAGAGCUCUUCCUUCCCUCAGUUUAAGCCUGAGGAGAUCAAUGGCAUCAUAACUGAUUUCAAUGAACCAGGUCACCUUGCCCCUACAGGCUUACACCUUGGCGGGGUAAAGUAUAUGGUAAUCCAAGGAGAGCCUGGAGCUGUCAUUCGUGGGAAAAAGGGAUCGGGAGGUGUCACUAUUAAGAAGACUAGUCAAGCUCUAGUGUUCGGCCUCUAUGAGGAGCCUGUGACCCCUGGACAGUGCAACAUGGUUGUUGAGAGGUUGGGAGAUUACCUUGUUGAUCAGGGUCUGUAG